UUCAGCGUUCCCAUUAGGUCUACGGCUUCAUCAGGGCUGUCACCUCCUCUCUUUGGGGGAGACACCAUGUCCACAACAGUCUGUCAGGUGAUGGGGUUCAUCGUGUCAUCGCUAGGCGUUGCGGGGUGCAUCGUGUCCACGGCCAUGGAUAUGUGGAGCACGCAGGACUUGUAUGACAACCCAGUCACAGCUGUCUUCCAAUAUCAGGGACUGUGGAGGAGCUGCGUGAAGCAGAGCUCUGGCUUUACAGAGUGCCGGCCUUAUUUCACCAUUCUUGGGCUGCCAGCAAUGUUCCAGGCAGUGAGGGCCCUCAUGAUUGUGGGUAUUGUCCUGGGUAUCCUUGGACUCCUUGUGUGCAUUUUUGCUCUGAAAUGCAUCCGUAUUGGCAAUAUGGAGGAUUCUGCAAAAGCCAACAUGACUCUGACCUCUGGCAUCAUGUUUAUUGUUGCUGGUCUGUGUGCCAUCACUGGAGUGUCUGUGUUUGCCAACAUGCUGGUCACAAACUUCUGGAUGUCCACUGCCAACAUGUACCAGGGAAUGCAAAACAUCCAGACAAGGUACACCUUUGGCUCAGCCUUGUUCGUUGGCUGGGUGGCGGGCGGCCUGGCCCUCGUCGGAGGCAUUAUGAUGUGCCUUGCUUGCCGAGGACUGGUUCCAGCAGAAUCCCACUACAAGGCAGUGUCCUACAACGCGUCGGGACGGAACAUCUCUUACAGAACUGGGCCGUACAAGGUUGGGUCUGGUUACGAACCUGAGGCGAAGACUAGAAAAGGUGCAGGGUAUGAAGAAGCUGCUCGAAGCGAGGACGGAAGACGCUCAUACCCUUCAAAAUAUGACUAUGUUUAGUAGUCUUUCUGGGCUAGAGAUGCGCUGUCUUUUAUAGAAAGUUUUUCAGUACAGAAACGAAAAGUAUAUGCAAAGCAGCCUAUAAAUAGGAUUGUGUUUUCUGUUGUGUUCCUCCUACUCUGAAGUAAUAUUAUAACUGGUUAUGAACACUGGUUUUAUUCAACCGAUCACUGCUAUGCCCAGCAUGAGGAAGUCUAUAACAGAAGUCAUGGGUUUUUGUGCUCUUAGAGUAGAAUAGUUUGCUCAUAUUUCACAUAUGAACUUCAAUAGCCAGCACCAGGAUUCUGCCUAGUGCCAUUUUCUAACUCUUCUAAUCGGUUUGAAUUCCCAUUUAGUAACAGCUCAGAUGGAGUUAGUAGUUAUAUGGAAAUCCAUCGCAGUCAUUUAGAUGUCUGUGACUGAAAAUCGGAGAGUGAGAUAGUGUAAAAAAAGAAGUUAAACCAAAAUUAUUGUGCUGCCUUGUUAAAACGGGCAAGUGCUUCUACAUCACAAUAGACAAAUAUUGAAGACCAGUGUAUAAAAGCAAUACUACCCCCAUGACUUUUCCCAUUUGAGCAGGCUUUCAUGCAAUUGUGUAAUGUCAUCCUCUACUUUCUCAGAGUGUAGAGAGGUGAGCAGUCUUUCAUGACCUCAGUGUCCUUCGUUCAUCAGAAAAAGCAAUGCUUUGCUGAAAUGGUAGUGUAUCUUUGCUCUUGUUUUGACACCUGAUCUUAUCGCAGCAGGUUGAAAAGCAAAACUAAUCAUCUAGUAGUCUCCUGUGUUAUUUUGUUGUGUAUUUUAAGUAAAUCCAGGUGUCUCCUUCUAAGUGUGGCCAAAGCAUACAGAUCCUGUAGUCAUGGCAUUUUCCUCCCCAGUCACUAUCUCUACACAGAUACUUCUUUGCUUUGCUGGUUGUUCUGUGAUGCUCAUCUGCUGUGAUAUUUAAUCUGAUUUAUGUUACUUAGACAUUUGUUAUAACCCAUGAUACCAAAGUGUAUUUAUUUCUUCUGAUCUCAUCAGGGAAUAUAUAUAAUCCAUUGUUAUUCCUAUGCUUGAUAUUUGCUGUAAUAGCUGAAGACCUCUGUGUGCUACUGGUGUUCCUGCAGAUGUCAUCUUUAAUGAAGCCAGAAGAAUUUCUCAUUUAGAAUUAAUUAGAGUUACAUCUGGAGCAGAAAUCCCAGGGAGCAUUAGUUUUCUUGUGUUAAUUCUUCCCCAAAUUAUGCCAAUAUUAACUCCUUAAUGGGACACUGCCUCUUCUAGCCAAUCCACCUGAGAGGACAUGUAUUCAAAGGUGUCAAGGGCAGGAGCAGAGACGCAAAAGCUUACAUGGGAGGGGAAUGCUGUGUGCUGUGUUAGCCACUCCUCCCACCUAGCUCCAGAGCACAUCCUAGUGAAGCUCUCAAAAAUGCCUGUUAGCAGAGUGCUAGGUACCAAGGAAUAAGAUGAAGAGAGAAAAAGCUAUUCCAAAACCUCUAAAGUAGCCAUUUUGAUAGAGGUCUGCAAAGGAUUUUUGCUCCUCUUGUUGUAAGAAUUGUAAGUUCUCUGCAGGAGUUCACCGGCAAACUUGUUUUGGAGAAACACUGAUUUCCCCUUGGGUGAGUUCACAUUCUGCAGAGAUCAGAAGUUAGAGCUGAGCAUUUCCCCAGAAUUUGAUCUUUGCUGGGCCCCCAAGUCUAGCGAGCAUCUCCUGUGGCUUGUAUGAAUAGCAGGGAUAGGCAGUCCUGCUCAACACCAGUGAUCCCAGUCAGCACCAAACUGUACACACCAGCUCUCGUUUGCCACCAGUUCUCCACCAGCAGCUGGAGAUGCAUCUCCAGCGUUGGUCCAGGAGAUGAGGAGACUGUAUCUCAGGGCAGGUCAGUGACAGGAUGAAGGAACGCAUAGCGUGGGAUAGCGGAGGUGGCAGGGGGGCAGUGCUGGGGCCUGUGGGCUGCAGAAGACAACCACCAUGUGGAGAGCUGUGAAGAGCUUCCUUUCCCGCAAAGAAGGGUUGGUCCCACCUUGGUCAGGCCCCUGCUGCCACCCAGGGUAAAUCGCUACUGCUGUUGAUGCCAGUGCCAAUUCCUCCAUUGACAAGGACUUAACCAUUUUUUAAAGGAGACCAGCUUAGUUGUGCAGCUCUAAAUGUUCUUUUUUUAAAAAAAAAAUCUUUUCAAUGGAUUUUUCCCCAUCUCUCGGUAAAGACAUAGCAUUUCUGUCCUUUUUUUGGAUUUACUUUAUUUUGGUUUUGUUGUUUGUUUGUUUUUUGUACUUGAAUAUUAAAAAAGAAAAAGUCUUUAAGACCCAAAAUCACUGUUAUCCCUUGUUCUCUCCUCAUCAUGAACACAAGCUACCAAUUUGCCUGUGUAUUACUCCAGCUUUGGAUUCUGCAGUUUCUCAGGAGUAUUAUGGACAAGCAUGGGUGGCUGAGGGGAAGAAACAAAUGAUGAGGCUUU